AGGUUGACGUCGAUCAUUCUGAAUGAAAUUGAAAGCUUAUUCAUAAAAUCGUGAUGUAUAUUUAAAUCAUAAUUAUUUGGUCACUUAAUUCAUGACAUAAAGUAGCUUUAUAGAGGAAUACCCGUUUUAAGAACGUAAGCAGGUAAAACAUCCUGGAUGAUUCUAUGCAUAUUAAAGAACUUCGCAGUUAGGAAAAGGUGAAAGGAAAACACAACAGAAGGGGAGAGACUUCAAGAAUCAAAUUUGGGACUGCUGUGCAAUUAUUACUCCAUCCUUCACAAUGAGCAUGAUGAAUAUGUCAAUGACCACAAUGUCCAUGAUGAACAUGACAGGAAUGACGGGGCAUGAUCACCACAACAUGCAUCAUGGGAGUACAGGGAUGACGGGCAUGACCAUGGACCACAGUGGGCAUGAUAUGAGUGGGCAUGGUGGGAUGGGCGGGGGCAUGGGCGGCCAUGAAGGCAUGCAUAUGAACAUGAAUGACACUGAUGGGUGUGGCAAUGGCAUGUCAAUGUUUUUCCAUGCAGGAAAAUGUGAAUAUAUACUAUUUGAUGGAGUACAGACCAAAACAGUGGCAGGUAUGGUUGCUGCCUGUAUCAUCGUAUUCUUACUAGCAGUUCUAUAUGAGGGCCUAAAGGUGUUCAGGGAAUACCUCCUCAAGAAAGCCUUGAUCACAGGCUCUAAGUACCAGGAGGUCACCAUAGGAGCCAAUGGACAAUCUAUUGUAGCCGAGACGAACAUCAAAAACAGCAAUGGACUUGACUACAAGCCUGAGAAGAAGCAUUCAACUGGACUAACGAUGAUCAGCACUUCCCACCUGAUACAGACAACCCUACAUGUGGUACAGGUGUUUAUAAGCUACUGUCUGAUGCUCAUCUUCAUGACGUACAACGUCUGGUUAUGCCUAGCGGUGAUUCUCGGAGCAGGUGCCGGAUACUUUUUCUUCGGCUGGAAGCGAGCUGUUGUGGUAGAUGUUAACGAACACUGUCACUGAGAAUCAAAAA